GGGCCUGGGCGGGGCCGGAACCGCCGCCAUCGCAGCGGGGCGGGCUGAGGGCAAGCUAGGCGGGCGCCAUGGCGGUGGCGCGGGGCGGUGCGGAGCGGUACUUUACGCGCUGGUACAAGCCAGACGUGAAGGGGCGGCCGUGCGAGGACUUCUGCGUGCUGCAGCACUCCAACAGAAUCUGUGUCAUCACCUUGGCAGAAGCCCAUCCUCUUCUUCAAAGUGGAAAAACAAUUAAAAGCAUUAAUUACCAAAUCAGUGCCAACUGUAGCAGACUCCAGAAUAAAGUCUCUGGGAAGUCAAAAAGGGGAGCUCAAUUUUUAACAGAACUUGCCCCUCUGUGCAGGAUAUCUUCAACAGAUGGCGAGGAAUACACCAUUUAUAGUUGUAUACGAGGACGACUGAUAGAAGUGAAUGAAAACAUUCUUAGCAAUCCCACUAUUCUGCAAGAAAAGCCAUCAACUGAGGGAUACAUCGCAGUGGUUCUACCCAAAUUCGAAGAAAGCAAGAGUAUAACUCAAGGACUUCUGACGCAGAAGGAGUACGAGGAAGUUUUGUUGAAACGUCUUAAUUCUUCUUCAUGAAAUUAUUAGUGACAGAGUUAUCAUCUGUAUUUGAUAGUAAAUAAGCUACUUUUAUUGUAUGCUGUAACAUUCAUGGUAUUGAAAGGCCUAGUGCCUGUUUAUAGAAGUGGAACUUAAAUGAUUGAUUCAUACAAGAAUAAACCAGUUCAAAUAGUUUGUAUUUUAA